AGCACCCACACACACUCUCUCUCACUCUCUCUCACACUCUCUCUCUCACAGACAAACACACAGAGGCCUUAACUCCAAAAUAAGGAGCUGUAAUCAAAAGCAUUUCCCAAACGCAGCUGCCAGCUCCCAAAAAUGGAUGCUGGCCUGCCUUCGGCCGCCCAUGUUUGCCAGCGCUCGUUGCCAUCUUCCUAUAUAAAGACCAGUCUAGCCGCAUCAAGUCAUUAGCCAGACUAAUCCACUUGGGACUCAGUGCCUUGAUUAUGCGAUCACACUAAAGGACUCAAGACCAAACAGGCUCCUGCACAGAUCAGGAGAGCAGGCAGAGGGAAUAGCAGCACACAUGAAACCACAGUGGUGAAGUGAUUUGGGGUUUUUUUAGGGGGGGUGUUUUGUCAUUCAUCCAUCUAGAAUGACCGGUCCAGUUGCCAUCCUGAUGCCGGUGGACAGGAGGAGGAUGCACCAGAGCAGAUGACCGUCAGACACUCCCUGAACCACAGCACAGACAGCCAGGCGACUUGGGAACCGGUGACUGGGUAGAUAAAGUGACCGCAGAGGAACAGUCAUGGGAUGUGGCGUCACAAAGUCCGACCAGUUCCACAAACAGGGCGGGAAAGCCGUCACAAGUAUAAAGGCCGCCAUACUAAUCCAGCGAUGGUACCGUCAGUAUGUGGCCCGCACAGAGAUGAGGCGCAGGUACACCUGGCACAUCUUCCAGUCCAUCGAAUACUCCGGUGAACAGGCUCAGAUCAAACUUUACAACUUCCUCGGCUACCUCAUGGACAAUUUCACACCGUCGAGCAAUGAACGGAAUUUGAUCUCUCACAUCUUCCGAGAGAACGAGGUGUGUCGGGACGCGGAGUGGGAGAGGUACUUCUGCUACAAGAACAUCGAGGUGCCGGAGAUCUACUCGGGACCUCACCUCACCUUCCCCCUCACGGUGGAGCAGGUGACCGGCCUCGUGGACGCCUUCAGGAACAAGAAACAGCUGCACUCGCGCUACGUCCUGCAGCUCCUCCUGGAGACGUGGAAACUGCUCCGGAUGUUGCCAAACAUCAGUCGAGUCUCCACCUGCCACAGCAAGGAGAUCACCAUCUGCGGUGAUCUGCAUGGCCAGCUGGAGGACCUGCUGCUGGUCUUCUACAAGAACGGCAUGCCGUCCUUGGAGAAGCCCUAUGUGUUUAACGGGGACUUUGUGGACCGAGGCAAAGACUCCAUAGAGAUCCUCCUCAUUCUGUUUUCCUUCCUGUUGCUGUAUCCCAGCAACGUUCACCUCAACCGGGGAAACCACGAGGACCACAUCGUCAACCUGAGGUAUGGUUUCACCAAGGAGGUGCUGACGAAAUACAAGAUGCACGGCAAACGGAUCUUGAAGCUGCUGCAGAAGAUUUUCAGCUGGUUGCCCUUAGCGACAGUGAUCGACCAGAAGGUGCUGGUCCUUCAUGGAGGGAUCUCAGACAGCACAGACCUCAGCGUCCUCGCCAGGCUGGACAGACACAAUUACGUGUCCGCUCUGAGGCCGCCGAAGAAGCGACACAAGAGCUCAGCCGGGAUGUCUGUUGACUCUGAGGUGGAAGACGAGGUUUGGGUCACCAACAAGAUUCAGCAACGGCGGGCGUCCCUCACCUAUCCCAAGACCAUAAGCACCCGGGACACUUUCCACAACCGCUCGCUGCAGGACUUCUCUGACCGUAUUAAAGUCUCUGUGGACGAAGAGCUGGUCCUUCGCAAGCAGAGGGCCGGACUUAUCAACAUGGGCUACAACCACUCGCAGAAGCAUCUACACCCAUCCGUGUCCUCUGACUCUUCCCAGGAAUCUGCUGACACCAGCGACAGUGCCAAGGAGGAGUGGAAACAGAUCCUGGACCUGCUGUGGAGCGACCCCAUGGCCCAGGAUGGUUGCAUGCCUAACGAGGUGAGGGGCGGAGGCUGCUACUGGGGCCCCGAUGUCACCGAGGACUUCCUGAACAAACACAACCUGCAGCUCAUAAUCCGCUCCCACGAGUGCAAACAGGAGGGAUACGAGUUCUGCCACAACCGCAAAGUACUUACUCUGUUUUCUGCCUCCAACUACUAUGAUGUGGGAAGCAACAGGGGGGCCUACGUCAAGCUGGGGCCAGACCUCGUGCCUUAUCUGAUCCAGUACCAGGCCAGCAGCAUGACCAGAGAGCUCACUGUGCGACAGAGUGUGGGGCGAACAGAGCGCUCAGCCAUCAAAGUCCUGCGGGAGCAGUUGUUUGCGCACAAGUCCGACCUCAUCUGUGCCUUCCAAGAAUUUGACAAAGAGAACACAGGUCUGGUGUCUCUGAACGACUGGGCGACUGCGGUCGAGACCGUGAUGCACCUCGGCCUGCCCUGGAGGAUGCUGCGCUCUCAGCUGGUCAACUGCAAAACCAGCAACGGCAUGCUGGACUACCAGGAGUGGUUCAAGGAACUCGCCAUCAAGGAACCCAACAUGGAUCACAUCGACCAGAGUCUGCUUGAGACCUUGUACCGCCACCGGUCCACUUUGGAGACCAUCUUCAGAAUAGUGGACACAGACAAUUCAGGCUUCAUCACCAUGGAGGACUUCAGGCAGACAUGGAAGCUGCUCAGCGUCUACCUAAAGAUGGAGAUCACCGACGAGGCCAUCUCCGAUCUGGCCGUCACCAUCGACAGCAACCAGGACGGCAGCAUCGACAUCGACGAGUUCAUGGAGGCCUUCCGCCUGACGGACAAGAAGAGCCGUCUGGAGCGAGGCCGCAGCAUGUUCAUGGGCACGGCCCCUGACCUCACCAAGCUGGAGGGAGACCCCAACAUAUGACCAAAGGGAAGAGGUCGCUAAUGCACUGCAAUGACAGGAAAAAAGAGACUUCAGUACUGUACUGUUCACCAGUCAGAUUGUGAAAGGGAAGGAGGGGGGUGGAGCGAAAAGCAAGCUGCUUUAAUGACACACAUUUAGACGUAGGCGCUGCUGAGCGACAGCCGCGUGGAUCACAUGGGAUUAGGACGAGGUUAGAGCUCAGGAGAUUUGACAGGGAAUUUUCAUUUCACAUUUUGAAGCAGAUUUUGUUGGGAUGGAGGAUGUCAGUGAGGAAGAGUGUAGGUGAGACUUAAAACAACGUGAAGAUGAAUUUUGUCUCUUCAAAAUAGCUGAAAUGUUGCAAAGGCACACGCGUGAAAUGCGUCACGUUAGGGCUGCACAAAGACGAUGUUUUAAUGCACUUUUUGCAUCUUAAUCCAAGAGCUGGACUAUUUUUAUCCACAGCAGAUGUUCCAACUUAUGUAAAAGAUUUGCUGAAAUGCCAAUGUUAUACAGUUGUUGAUUGUGUGAACAGUAAUUACAGGAUACCAUUAUACAUGAUCGAUUGUGCAGCCCUACAUCAUAUGCACUAAUUAAUUGCAAACUCAAUGUUGCUGGUGCCUUAGUGAUGGGACUAAUUUUAAUUUACAGUGAUUAUGCACUGAUGAUGUUUUGUAUCAGUGCCAACUGCCAACAGUGUUCUGGGUUCCCUCCUUGUCUGAGCUGGGAUAAAGACCCCGUCCUUGUCCAGAAUGGAGAACUAAUGUUUUUUUUUCCAUCAGCUUUCAGGACGUAUUGUAUGACUACCUCCAAAAUGUUUGUUUCAAGCUGAAACCCAACACUGUACUUUAAGUUGUGGAAAUAAUACGAGUUAUUUUUAGAUUAGAUUAUUAUUAUUAUUUUUUUUUUUUUUGAUUAGUCCUGCUCACUUUUCAGCUCUCUAUGAAACUGUGUCUGCAUUCUUCAGUAAGUAACUUUGAACUCAGAGGAUUUUAAAUUUGAAUCUGUUUUUCCCCCCCAGCAUGCUGAGCAUGUAAACCUUUAACUGUAAAAGAAAAAGUUCACACAUACUGUAGUUGUUCUUAAGUUUAUAUUUAAGUCAUGAGGUGUGUGUGUGUGUGUGUGUGUGUGUGUGUGUGUGUGUGUGUAAGAGACAUUAAUUUUGAUGAGUUAUAUGCAUUUCAAUGUAGAGGGUCAAAUGAUGUUGCAGAAAUUACUUGAGCUUAGUAACAAUGAUCUAAUCAUUAAAAAAUAAUUUCCUAUCUCCAGCUA